ACAAAACCACCUAAAACUCCUUCAUUCAUUGAUUGAUUGUCCUGGAUUAUGGAAACCCAACCUGAAUGCGCUGUCAUCAACAUUCCAAACAUAAUAAAAACAGAACAAGAAGCAAAACCCCUUCAACAACAUGCGUCCGAGUCCCCAAAGAACAAGAGCGGUGGUGGCAUGCGCUUUCUUAGGGUUGCACUCUUCAAGAUGCGAGGGCGUUCCGCAAAACCAACCAUGGCGCUUCAGGUAAAUAAUAAUAAUGACGAUAUUGAUGACGGGUCCAAGAGCACAUGGGGGAGGUUUGUGGGUUCCAUGAGGCCAUUGCACCUUCAAAGCACCCAAUCUCCACGCUCAUCACCUGAUUUGCCAUCUUCUGAAUAUAAAAAGGAUUGUGGCGGUUAUGUUUCUGAUUUUGUGGCGGAUGAGCAGGAGCCUUAUUCGCCUUCCCCACCUAUUAGCUGUUACGCUUCAGCCGUUGGGUUGAGCGAGCUUGUUCAAAAUGAUGAGGAAAAUGAGUAUAAGCAGGAGGUGAUUGUGGAGGACUCCCACGUUGAUGGAGAUGGAGAUUGGAUGAUUGAUGCCAAGGCUGAGGAUUUCAUUGCUCAGUUCUACCAAGAAAUGAAGUUGCAACGUUUAGAUUCCGUGGAUCGCCGUUACGUCGAGAGAAGCCAAAGGUCAUUGGGUUGGUGAUUAUUAAUGGAUAUAUAUUCAAGACUCAAAUCACUUGUAUAUAUGCAUGCAUGCAUUUGGUGUUUCUUCUCUUGUUCCCUAGCUAAUAACAUGUGAUUAAGAUGCAUGUCAGAUUUUUAAUUAAGGGACAAGAAUAUUAAUUAGUCAUCAAUAAGAAAGAAUAUAGGUGAUUUGAGUUUGGAUAUUAUGUUCCUUUUUGUUUUUGGUUCUGGUUCUCUUCAUUUAAUUUGUUCUUGUUGUUGAUGGGGAAGGCUGAAGGCGUCAAGAUAGAUACUAUUUUUGCUUGAUGAGGAACAUCUAAACAUGCCGCAAAGGUAGAGGGGUCAAGAAAAUAUUUUCUUUUAUAUGGAGGUUUUAUGGUCUUAGGGAGAUCGAUGAAUGAAGUGCAGUGUGGCAAUUUAUCUGUUUCUUUUAGGAGACUCUUAAAUGAAAUAAACUUUAAU